GGGGAGGAAGGACUUCCCAGGGGACAGUAAUGGAGGGAAGGAUUCCUCCAUCCCCCCUCCAGGAGCAAUAGCGGGGGAAGGACCCCAGGGCCCGGACAGAACCGGGCCGCCCCGCUCCCACCCGCCCUCAGUUGCCCAGACAACUCCCGCCCGGCCUCAAAAUGGCGGCUCCGCGCCCUGCCUCAAGGAUCGGUGAGGCGCAUGCGCGAUACCGCUCCUCCCUCCGGGCUCCCCGCCGGAAGUGCUGGAGGAGGCGGAGGGGAGGGGUGGGCGCUUCCGGUUCCGGGUCAACGGCGGCGGCCGGAGCAGGGGGGCCGCGGCUGUUGGUGCAGUGCCGGGGCGGCGCGGAGCGGCACGGGGAGGGCCCGCGGCAGGUACAGACCCCGCGGAGCCCCACUCGGCCCCGGAGGCCAAGACCCGCAGCAGCGUCUCCCUCCCGGAGUCGGGGGGGGGGGACUGGGGAUGUCCCCUCACUGAGGACCACGCCGUCCCCGUCCCCUCCCGCCCGCUGCCGCCGCCCCCCCCGCAGCCGGGGGGCGACCGAGGAGGACCGCAGCCACCAGGCACCCCGAUCUCGCGUGAUGUCGGCAAAGUGGAGGGCGAGCCUGCUGGCGUGCGAGGGGCUCUCUGGCGUCUGCCUGGUGCCCACGGUGGCCAGCAAGAAGAUGAUGCCGAAGCAGAGCUCGAAGCAGGCGGAGGGCAGGGAGCGGGGCAACAGCCCCGAUGUGCUGGCACUGCGUCAGGAUGGGGAGAAAUCCCGCAGCCGAAAGGAGGAGGAGACAGCGGAGGCAUCGCAGCCCAAAAAGUCCAUUAAAAAGGUGGUGGUGAUCAAGCAGAACUGCUCCUUCCAGCUGAGGAUCCACAAGAACUUCAUCUGCGAGCAGUGCUGCGGGGCGUUCCGCAGCAGCUACCACCUCAAGAGGCACAUCCUCAUCCACACUGGUGAGAAGCCCUUUGAGUGCGACGUGUGCGACAUGCGCUUCAUCCAGAAGUACCACCUGGAGCGCCACAAGCGCGUGCACAGCGGCGAGAAGCCCUACCAGUGUGAGCGCUGCAUGCAGAGCUUCUCCCGCACAGACCGGCUGCUGCGACACAAGCGGAUGUGCCAAGGCUGCCAGACCAAAGGCCCCGAAGCGCAGCUGCUGCUGUAGGGCCGAGUGCUGGGGGCGGCCGUGUCCCCCCCGGCCCCCCGCCCCGGACUUCCCGACCAGGUCCCGACACUGUACAUAGGCUGAGGAUGAGCUGGAACCCUUCUCCCGGGCAGCAGCGGCAGUGGGGGCGGCUCUGCACCCCCCCUGCCUCGAGACCCCCCCGCCCCAUCCCAACGCCGCCAUUGCCUCUCGGGGUUGGCUCCGAGCAGGGUGAGCACACCCCUAGAGCGGCCCCCAGCCUGCAGGAAGGACGUGGGGUGGGGUGGAGCCCCCCCAACCCCCCCAUUUUGCAAGAAAAGAGAAGCAGAAGGCAGUGCCCUCCCCCCCCCCCCGGCUCUUGGGGCUGUGGCACUCUUCCUUCUUGUUGCGGUUGUUCUUUUUGCCCUUUUCUGCGUCUUUUCACCGCUGUCACCUCCGCCUUCUGAGGGGGGGGUGGGGAGCCCCAAACCCACCCCGACCCCCCUGGGUGGGGGCCCGAAGCCAUCGCAGUGGGGCCAGGGAGAGUGGGGAAACCCUACAGCUGAGGACUUACAGGGUCCCCCCCUCUCUGAAGGGGG